AGCCAAGUGUUUCUUGCCACUCUCUACAGUUUGAUUUUCAUCCUGGGAUUUAUAGGUAAUGGACUAGUGGUGUGUGUCCUGGUGAAGCACCGCCUUCAGUGCAACCUGACAGACAUCUGCCUCUUCAACCUGGCUCUCUCUGACCUCCUCUUCAUCUUCACGCUGCCUUUCUACUCUCACUAUGCCAGGGUCGGCCAGUGGACUUUUGGAGACUUCAUGUGCCGUUUGUUGUCUGGCUCUCACCACACUGGCUUCUUUAGCAGCAUCUUCUUCAUGGUUGUCAUGACUCUGGACCACUACAUGAUCAUCGUGCACGCUCACAGGGUUGCACGUUAUCGCACAAAGAGGGCAGCCAUCAUUCUGACCGUGCUCGUUUGGAUGCUGAGCAUGUUUGUGUCUCUGCCAGAUUUUAUCUUCACACAGGAAAUACAGGAAAAGUCUCAGAAGAUUAGAUGUAACUAUCCCCAGGAGAGCAAAGUCUGGGAGCAUUACAACCUGUUCACCACAAAUGUGCUUGGUCUCUUGAUUCCCUUGCUGGUGAUGGUAGGUUGCUACUUCAGGAUCAUCCCGACACUGGUGAGCAUAAGGACCGCAAAGAAGCACCGCAUCGUCAAGCUGAUCAUCUGUAUAGUGGUUGCAUUUUUCUUGCUCUGGGCUCCAUAUAACAUUUCCCGUUUCUUGAAGUUUCUUCAGGAAAAAGGGAAAAUCCCACGUAGUGACUCCUGGGAUAAAAAUUUAAGGCUGUCAGUGGUAGUAACUGAAGCCUUAGCUUACACUCACUGCUGCCUGAAUCCCAUCAUAUAUGCUUUUGUGAGAGAGAAGUUUGUGAAAAGAGCCUUGCAGCAGCUGAAAUAGUUGGUGCCAGGUUACAGCAGUUCAUUCAGGAGAAGUAAGGGUCGCAUUUUAAAACAGAUUUUUUUGGCAUUUGGGUUUGCUUUUUAUGUUCACUUGGCCAGGUGCAAUACUAGUCAGGCAAUGUGCAAUCCCUGUGUGAACUGGUGCGCACACCAUAUAGAAAUUUUCAGCAUCGCGGUGUGGAUGUGGAAACGAGAGGACCCAAACGCAGGACUCACGGUGAAGAUUAAGGGUGUUUAUUAGAAUGGCAUUAUUAUCAUGAAUGGAUGAACAGAACAGGGAAGAAGACUGACUGACUGACCUGAAUGACUGACUAAACUGAAAGGCACACAUGCGGAACAGAGAUUGAAAAUGUGACGUCAUUUCCGGGGUAAAACCGCAAGGGAUUGUAGGUACAAGUGGCUAGCGCGCACGGGCUAUUCAAAGACAAGAGUCACACAGAGAUAAACAGAGACACAAAGAAUGGCAAGAAGCUGUUGUAUUAUUAACUGCUAUAGCCGGUCGCAUGACAGCCACUAUAAUGUAUUAUAGGGGACCAUUAGUGGAGGUGGAUUUCAUCAAUAUUUAGAAUAUGCAGGGAAAGUUGAUUACGUUAAGCUUUCUAAUUACUGAUAAACUGCUGUUAAUAUAGAUUUGUAUUAUAGAUUUUUUUUUAAGAAGAAGUAUAUUUGAGAGAACAAACAAACUUUAUCUGAAAACAUUUUUCAGUGUCGCUUUUCUUGACUCAAAUCAACACAAAAAGCUACUGUGAUGGCAUGCCACACAUGGUAAGCUCCAAACCUCACCACCAGUUGAUUCACUUUAGUUUAAUUUACAGUUACCACUUUA